AUGAAGAAGAAGAGAGCUAAGCCUUAUUCAGUGGAGGAUUGUGCAAGUAUCAAUCCUCGAGAAGACAUGGUAUGGGAGUUGUCACAAAGGACUAGUCAGAAUGGAAGUGAGCAUAACAAGGACAGAGAUAUAGCUACUGCCAUUGAAGAAUGUUGCGACAAGUAUUUCACAGAAAAUACCCAGGAACUGAGCUCGGCUGACUUCUACGCUGCUGUCUGCAAAACUGUAGAGGAAAUCAACAAGAAGCUCAAUAGCACACAGUUCCGAGUCUCCGACAAAGAGAAGCUCAAACAAGUCUACAAUGUGCUGGAGGAAAUAAUGAUUGGGGCCGGGUUCACGGGGUUCGGAUCUUUCGCUCUGUUCAUCAAACAAAGAAUAGCUCCAACAGCCGUCCCCAACGACGUUUUCAUCCCGGGGAUCACCCUUCCAUUUCUAUUGUACAUUCAUCAUGGUUUACUUUAUCGUUCGUAA